UCUACUUGCUACUAAUAUGAUUAUCCCUCCCAAGCAGCAUACUUGUACUAUGGUAACUGGUCGGCUGAGGUCGACGAGAUCGUGUUAAACACGAUCAUCAAGCUCAAAGAGGAAACACGGUGGAUGCUCCCUGAUUUUCCACCCUGGUUCUUCAUGACAGCGCAAAAGGAGCUGCAGUCAAAUACCGGAAUCCAGUUCACUGAGGCGGAGAUCAAGCAGCGUAUGGAUUUCAUGAAACUUAGGUAUAAAACAUUCAAGCAGGUGCAGACUGAAGGAGCUUCUUGGGACGUCGGAGCACAAUACUUGCGGGCCAACGAUGAUGUAUGGGAAAAGAUUUUCAAGAAAACUCCAUUCGCAGGGGCAUACUACCACCGAGAUGACCCCCAUUUCUCGAAGCUCGCUCGCUUGUACGGAUUGGACAAUGUGAAGAAGGAAGGAGAAACUGAAGUCGUUGUCAUCUCUGACCAGACAGAGAAGAUCUCUGAUGGUGAGCCAAGCUGUUACGAGAAGUGAACUCACCUUGUGGGUUCCCACAUCGCACGGUUCGGCGCAAGCUACUUCUCGACGAGGUCGAGGCGCCUACUGAUCGGGAGUCGUCAACUUCACUUGGCAUAUAUUUCAUUGACUUAGGCCACAAUGGCCAAUUGCGCCCAAGGUUUGAGAGGGGAAGGGAACUGGCCAGCAAACCCGAAGGCGACCAAGACAAAGUUGGCCCGUCAACUCGCUCACCAAACACGAGUUCAGUUGCGUCCAAUUCUCCUAAAAAAUGGUGUCCGCACAACUUUAGGCGACCACCAUUUAAGUGGGCCUAAUAUGAGCGUGGGUAUCCCCUGUUUUUUGGUACUAUAAUAUAGCUAUUUAAGCUGAUCAUGUUGGGGAAAACAUUAUAGGACAUAUAUUUUGUAUUGUAUAGUAGCAAGUCUCAUGUUAUAGUAGGGGAGGCUUAGCAUGGUUUUGCCCGUUUAGUGGUAGUUUGUUCGGUUGUAUGCUCGUUUGGUUCUGUGAUGUGCUAAGUUUGGUCAACAUCAGGAUUAGUGUUAUCUUGGUGUGUAGCUAUGUUGUUAUUGGUAAUAAUGCUAUAAAGUAUUUUGUAUAUCAUAACGCC